CGAUAGACGAAGCGAUUUGUUGGACAAUAUUUACGAAAACAGUAAACAAACUGGUAGCGAUUUUUUUAAAAGAAAUAGGUACACAUAGUGUAUGUACCACCUGUACACAGAUAUGCCACUUAUUGAAGGGGUAGGAGAUGAAGUUACUGUUGUUUUUACCAUUUUUCUAAUAUUUCUUCUUCUCUGUAUUGCAUGGUUUUCAACAAAUAUUCAAGAACUACCUUUCUUUAGUAUCAUUGUAAUAGACUUUACCAGAAGACAGAAUAGAAAUACGCAACAGACUAACAGUGUUGAAGCUAGCGAUAGUUCUGCUGUAAGUUCUACCUCAAGUGAGGAAUCAACAGGGGACACAUCCAUUCAGGAGGAGACUGACAAUGCCAGUAGGUCCUCCUCUGUUGAUAGUGUAAACGAACAAGUGACAGGAGCAGAAGGUCAAAUUCCAGUUCAAACAGAUGAUGUUUCAAAGACAAAAGACAAUAAAGAGUCAUCUAACGAAAAUGUGAUUACAGAAGAAUCAGGGGAAGAUACGGUGUUAGGGGACAGAAAUGAAGAUAGUGAAGACUUGCCUACAACAGAAACUGAACUGAGACGUAGAAGGGUUGCAUUCUUUUCUGAUAAAAAUCAAGUUAUAGAGACAAAAAAAGAAAAUAGAAAUCAUGAAUCAGAGACCAUUGUUAUAAAUGACAGAAACCCAUCAAAUUCAUCAAACAAUGAACUUCCAUCAAAUUUACAAAACAAUGAAUCCAAUAAAACAUCUGAGUCAGUUAAAAAUGAAACUGAAAAUUUAAACAGUGCUGAAAUAAAUGUUUCCUCUGAAUCGGAAACUAAUUCUAGUCAGAGUGAUAAAGUUCGGAUACGACUGAAAUACCUAAAUGACACUCAGAGAAAUGUAGAAGCAUCUUUAGAGGAUACAAUUGAACAGUUUAGAAGGACACAUUUUGCAGAGGAGCUUGAAGCAGAUAAACUUGUUCGAUUCAUUUUCAAUGGUCAGGAUCUAAGGAAUGAUGCUAACACACUACAAGCCUACAAUAUUGUUGACAAUAGUGUAAUACAUUGUCUUAUAACUCAAGUUAAUCGCCAAAAUACUACGUCUGGUGUACAGAAUGAAGAUGAAGGAUUUGAUGUUGGCAUGCUAAUGCUUCCGUGUUUUGGAAUCAUUUUAUGCUUUAUGUGGUACCUAAGAUUUGAAUAUCGUCAAUUUUUUUCGGGGACAUCAACUGUAUGCUUGAUAGGCAUGUCUCUGCUUUAUAUAGCAGCUUUGUUGGCAAUGAUGGAGAAUAGAAGAAGGGGACACCAUCAUGCCCAUGUGGAAUAAAUUUUAUAGGAUUCUUUCUACUUUAAACUCAGAAAUUAUCGCGAUGUUUUUUUAUUAUUGCGAAAUAUGCAACAGGGUUAUAGUCACUCUAAUUUAAACUCGCAUUUUGAAUCUUUUUUAUUUAGAUUAAACAGUAUUUUUCUCAAUAUCGCAAAAAAUGGAAAUUGCAUUUUAGUCUAAAAUAACAAAUUCGCGAUAAUACGUGGAAGAUAUAAUUACAGUAUAUUUCUAUUCAGGCUUCUCAAACUUGUGCUGGUGACUGGCAACUUCACCAUCUUCUUACAAAAAUGUAGUCUUAUUCCUGGAGAAUUUUUUUUUUUUUUGUUAAAGUGUCACCUUCUUUUUACAUUAAAGCCAUUUUCAUCAAAAAUGUUUGGGAACCCUGCUUUUUAUUUUAAAACAAUCUGGAAAGUUUCAGAAUUUAAAAUUCCACAUUUUAGCAAGAUUUCUUGUAAAGUUGUCUAUCAAAUUAAUGUAAUAAUUGUAUGUUAUGUUAAUGUAACAGAAAUUUUUGGUUUUAUUUAUACAAAAUACAAUGUAUAUUAAGGCUCACCAAUUUUUUUAUGCAUGCAGUUAUAAGAAUGUAGAAGUAUGAAUGGUGUGCAGUGGACAGAUGCCAGCAAUGUUCAUGCAAUAACUUAUAAACUGUUUUAAUCAA